UUGACAGAGACACUCCUAAUUAUUUUAUAAACACACAAGACCUGCUCGACGACGAAGAUAUCAUCGUUCCGGAUUCGGACGAAAACGUUUUUGAAAAAGAAGAAAACGCAAAUCGACAGGCACUCGUUAUAUUGCUAAUGAAAAAAUGAGUGAUAUGGUUUUGCCAUUCAAUUCCCCAACAACCGUAGACGAAACCCGAAAACAGCACUUUAAUAAACUGGAUGCUCAAGCUAUUAGACUCGUCCCAGGAAACCAAAAUUGCAUUGUAUUGAUUUACAAAAAAUUAAAGUCACAAGACCCAUGGACCGAAAUUGAGAGAAAAGCUGAGUCGGAACACAACCGACUUAAAUUCGAAAACAUUCUGAAAGGAGUGUUCUUCGAAAUAACGGAUAUAACAUUAAUUGACACUGGCAAAUACGAUAAAACAUCGUAUGUAGCUACGCUGAACAACACGUUUGGCGUCUUCUUACCAACGAGAUUUACUGCUGAAAUUCAACAAAUAGGAAGAGAAAAUUUUCUUAAAGAAAGCCGCAUUUAUCGAACGUUGGUGUGA